UUAGAAAGAGUGGACUAAUUGAAUUGCCACCAGGUCUUAAGUUUCCUUCUGUAGUAGAAAUUUUUGGCAAAGUUUAUUGGUUUAAUCAUGUCAAGCAAUGAUGACAAAUCAACCACUAGAAAACACCAUGUGGAUGAAUCCUUCAUGCUCAAAGAAAUGCAGCAACAAUUUUAGAGGCUGGCAUCAUGUUUGGUGAGAUUAGAGUCAAAUGGAGAAGCAAGAUGCAGCCAUAGCCAAGUUAUACCAAAUACAGAAUGAAAGUCCAAAUUUGCAUAGGAAUGAUGCUAAUGAUGAUCUCAAUGACAAUUAUGAAGAUGCAUUCAACAAUGAUGCCCAGAACUCAAAUUUCAGCAUGGACAAAUUUAUGAAAGGUAGAGGGGGUCAAAGAAGUAGGUUUAAUCGAGGAGAGCAAAAUUUGAUGAGGUGGGGAGAUUGGCCAGAUUGUGACUUAGGUAGCAUCAAGAUGAAGAUUCCUCCAUUCCAAGGCAAAAAUGAUCUAAACGUGUAUGUCAAGUGGGAAAAGAAGGUGGAAUUGGUGUUUGAUUGCCAUAACCAUUCUAAGGAGAAAAUGGUGAAACUAGCAGCGAUGGAAUUUACUGAUUACGUUAUGGUGUGGUGGGAUCAACUUGUGCUUAGUCGACGUAGAAAUCGAGAGCGUCCUAUGGACACUUGGGAAGAGAUGAAAGCUGGCCUUACUCAAGGGUCCAAAAGCAUUGAGGAUUAUCACAAAGAGAUGGAAAUCGCAAUGGUUAGAACGAAUGUGGAAGGGGACAGAAAAGCAACUAUGGCACGGGUUCUGCAUGGGUUAAAUUGUGACACAGCUAAUGUGGUGAAGCUACAACAUUAUGUGGAAUUAGAAGAUAUGGUGCAUAUGGUGAUGAAAGUAAAACGGCAACCCAAGCAUAAAGGAGCCACCACUAGAACUGGGCAAAAUUUUGGUUACUCAUCUUCUUGGAAACUGAAUUGGAGCAAAAAGGAAGAAAAUUUUACUUUUAAGCCUAAAGUUGUAACAUCUAAGUCAAAAGAAGUUGGUAGCAAUGAGAAGAGUAAAACUGACAAUAUGCAAGGCAAAAACCGAGACAUCAAGUGUUUUUCGAUGCUUGAGAAAGGGGCAUGUUGCAUCACAAUGUCCUAAUAAGCACACGGUGAUCUUGAUAGAAGAUGGAGAAAUUGAAACCUAGGGUGAAUUUGAUGAUGAAUCUAUGCCACCACUAGAAGAUGCUGAUGAUGGUGUGGAAUAUGCCGUCGAUGGACAAUUGCUCGUCACCAGGCAAGCUUUGAAUGUGCAAGCCAAAGAAGAUGAUGAAGGGCAACAUGACAAUAUAUUUCACACGAGGUG